AUGGCAUCAACAUGGAGACAAUCAAAGACACUGGAACCCUCCUCGCACGAAUCCUUGAUCCAGAACUUACAGCAACUGGCCCAAGUUGCCCAAACACUAAGCAACACCAUCCUCCACAACAACGACCGAUCAUCACCACCAAAUGAGAACUCAGAAGUCGACCGCCAGAUCUCAAAACAUCAGCCGCCCUUCUUCUCAAGGGAAGAAGACCCCACAAUUCUCGAGGAAUGGAUCCGAACCUUUGACAAAAUCUUCGAAAUAGUAGAAUGCCCGAAGAAACGCCAAGUGGAGGUGGUCUCCUUCUAUCUCAAACACGCAGCCGAUCUUUGGUGGGUCCACGAGGGACCUGCUUACAAACAAGAACUAGGGUUCAACUGGGAAUUCCUGAAAGCACGACUACGAGAACAGUUCUACCCCACUCACAUAAGGGCAGCCAAGUACAAAGAAUUCCUCCACCUAAGGCAAGGAACAGCUACAAUCACAGAAUAUCACAAACAGUUCCUCAAACUAGCUCGUCUCACGCCCGAGCUAGUACCUACAGAAUCAACCAAGAUAGAGAAAUUCGUGCCAGGCCUCAACUUCGAAAGUCGGAAGACCCUGACCUUACACAAACCAAGGACACUCGAAGAAGCCUAUGCCAAUGCAGCCAAACUUCAACAAAUACCGUACAACCCGCCAGAAAUACCCAAAGGACACAAAAGAAAAAUUGUGGAGAAUAACGCAACCCCCCUUCAGAAAUCAAAGACUGCUAGGGCCAACCCGCCCAAAGAAGCAAUAGCGUCGGUCCCCACAAAGAAAACGGGAGCCACCCAGGGGAAGAUCCUUACCAUGAGCAGAGCCCGAAUCGGGGACAACAACAUAGUCACCGGGACCUUCCUCAUACACACUACCCCUGCCAUCGUGCUAUUUGACUCAGGGGUCGCCAAUUCCUUCAUAGCAACCGAAUUCGCCACGCAACUCGACUUAACCACCAACACGAGAGUGCAGCUACAAGUCAAGGUAGCAUCAGGCGAAGUAAUAAAGUGUGAUCGCAUGUACAAAAAUAUAAUGAUCACCAUCGAAGGAAUAGAGUUCCCUAGCAAUCUAAUACAAUUCAGAUUGGACGGAAUACAAGUGAUCUUGGGUAUGGACUGGCUAGGAAAAUUCCAGGCACAGAUCCUAUGCGGCGAACAAAAGGUGGUCUUGAGGGGACCAAACGGUAAACGGGUAUCUUACCAUGGAUCCCACAAGAAUCCAGAAGUCAAACUAGUAAACAUGAUGAAAAUGAGGAAGUACAUGACAAAAGGGCAUGAAGCCUUCUUAUGUUCGAUCGAGGAUCUCAGCACCAAGACGGUCGGGCCUCGGACCAUCCCGGUGGUAAACGAGUUCACAGAUGUCUUCCUAGAUGAAAUCCCCGGGGCACCUCCACCCUGGGAAGUGGAAUUUACCAUAGACUUGAUGCCCGGCGCUGCCCUAAUCUCAAAACCACCCUAUAGGUUGGCACCAAAGGAAAUGAAGGAACUAAAAACAGAACUACAAGAUUUACUAGAUAAAGGGUACAUACGCCCCAGUACCUCGCCAUGGGGGGCACCGCAGCUGUUAGAAGGGUAUAGUGGGCUUGUAAUUGAUUCCUUGGGAGGUUUAAAUAGAGGGGAACUGCUUCUAACCUAUGAAGAAGGUGGCCCCAUGCUUGAGAGGAGACCAAGGAAGGAAUCUGCUGCAAAUAACAAUGUUGGAGCUCUUGGAGUUCUGGAAGUUAUUGUGGAGGAUGAAGAUGCAGUAUGUAUGAGGUUUGGUGCAAAUGGUACGAGUGUAAUGGAGCAAUUUUCUGCUUUUAAACAACUUGGGUAUGUAGAUGAUUUUACAGACAGGUUUGAGUAA